AUGACGUGUGCUCAAAUUUUAAGAAAAAAUUUUGUAGGGAUUUGCCCACCUAACAAAAUCCUUGUUGCGUGCCGCAAUAAAAUAUAUUUAAGUCAUAACGAUGAUGCAAAAAAAGAAGAAAAAUCUGUUUCGUGUUUAACGCCGGACCCUUUAACUGUGUGCGAAAAUAUUACACAUCCGAUUUAUAUAUACCAACAUGGCAAACUAUUAGUCAAACAAGAUGAAAACGAGGGAGUACAGUGUCCAAAUUGCUUGAAAAUGUACAAGAACAUGAACACCUUUAGACGGCAUUUUCGAUACGAAUGUGGAAAAGUACCUCAAUUUGCUUGUCAGUACUGUCCAAAAGCUUAUACCCAAAAAUCAAAUUUGAAAAAUCAUCAUAUCAAGUGUCAUCCAUGCGCUAAUUUUAUGUAG